ACGUUGCUCUGUACCGGAAGUCGCCAUAGCAUGGUGGAGGAGUUGGAGAAGGAAAAGAAACGGAAGGGAUUGAGAUUAUCUUUCAGAGUUUCUCGAAAAUCCACGAAGAAAAUGCUUGGAAAAUGGAAGAAGUUGGAUGAUACCUCAGAAAAGACGGAUAAGGAAUAUUUGUCGAAGGAGCUUGAACCUCUGCGACAAGUGCUUGGUGUUCCGUUGGAAACGGCUAUAGAAGUAGAUCCUAGCUUAGAUGGGGUACCGUUGCCUGCCUUCUUUCGCAACGCCAUUGACUACGUAGAAACACAUGGGUUAAAUCUAGAAGGAAUUUAUCGAGUAUCAAGUCCAAAAUCGCGCUUAGAUGAGCUUGAAAAGAAGGCUAAUGAGGGGGCGCCACUGAAUUUCGUUGAAGGACAUGAGGCAGCGGGUUUGAUUAAAAGGUUUCUCAGGCAGCUACCCGAGCCACUGUUAACAGCUGACAUUGAAAUGCUUAUCAAGGAAUGUACCUGCGAUUGGAGAAGUAUAUGCCAUUGUGCUAUACGUGGUAAGGUAUGUUAG